CAAACCACCACGGACGACUUUAGCGGCGGACCGCUCUGUCCCUCUCGUAUUAUCUUCCGUCCCUGACAGAAGCGGGCUGUCGGUGUUAUGAAAUGGGUUCGAGCCCGGGACAGCACGUAGCGUCACACCAUCCUCGUGGACUUUAUUAAUUCCGUGGGUUCGAUGCCGAGGUGACGGGGGAGUUUAAAGAUGCACCGACAGGUCCUGUGUCCCCGCAGCGCCGCGGCCGUCGCUGCCCGGAGGCUGCGCACCGUCCUGGGGUCAGUGCUGGGAAGAGACGCCUGGAUGUGGAGGACACAUGAGGUCAAACUCCUCAACACGUCCGCAGGAGACACGGUCAAGAUCGGAGAAAUCUCCUACAAACUCAAAAUACCUCGGAAUCCAGAGCUUGUUCCUGUCAAACACAUUUCAGACUCCCUACCUCAGACAGUGGUUCAGCACCUACGCUGGAUCAUGCAGAAAGACCUUCUGGGACAGGACGUGUUUCUCAUUGGUCCCCCAGGACCCCUGAGACGAUCCAUAGCCAUGCAAUACCUCGAAUUGACCAAACGGGAGGUCGAGUACGUUGCUCUGUCCAGAGACACCACAGAGACGGACCUGAAGCAGAGGAGAGAGAUCCGCUCAGGGACGGCCUUCUACAUAGACCAGUGUGCUGUGAGGGCGGCAACACAAGGCCGAGUCCUGGUCCUGGAGGGGCUGGAGAAGGCCGAGAGGAAUGUCCUGCCCGUCCUCAACAACCUGCUGGAGAACCGAGAGAUGCAGCUGGAGGACGGACGCUUCCUGAUGUCGGCCGAGCGUUACGACAAGCUGCUGCAGGAGCACACCAAAGAGGAGCUGGACAGCUGGAAGAUCGUCCGUGUGAGUGAGGACUUUCGGGUCAUCGCUCUUGGUCUCCCUGUUCCCAAGUACAAGGGCAACCCGCUGGAUCCCCCUCUCCGCUCUCGCUUCCAGGCCAGAGACAUCUAUCACCUACCGUUCAAAGACCAGUUGGAGCUGUUAUAUACAGUGGGACCAAACAUUUCUGCAGAAAGGGUCUCCCAGCUGCUCUCCCUCGCCACUACGCUGUGCUCCCAGGAAUCCUCCGACCUGGGCCUCCCCGACUUCCCUGUGGACAACCUGCUCCCUGCCCUCCACGUGCUGAACGCCUUCCCUAUGUUGUCCUCCCAGCAGUUAGUCCAGAGACUUUACCCCUACACCAGUAUUCUGGGAAAGGAUGGCCGCACCGCUGUAGAGGACGUUCUCGGCCGAUUUGAGCUGCUGGACGGUCGCCGUGUGCCAGCGCCUGGUGCUAUCGUGAGUGUGUCAGCGGCGAGGGAGACUGAGGGCCGCGCUGAUGUCACGUUACGCGUCAAGGACAAAGACGUCACGUUUCAGGUUCCAGCCGGGACCAAAGAGCCACGUCCACCAAACAGCAGCCCCAACUUCAUCAGUACGCCGAGCCACUCCCAGCUGCUGUCUGAGAUGAUGCAGUCCCACAUGGUGAAGGACAUAUGUCUGAUAGGAGCCAAGGGUUGUGGCAAGUCAGUGCUGGCCAGAGAGUUUGCUGAGAUACUGGGAUACAGCAUGGAACCAGUCAUGCUCUACCAGGACAUGACAGCCCGGGACCUCCUCCAGCAGAGGUGCACCCUCCCGAACGGGGACACAGCGUGGAGGCCGUCUCCGCUGGUCACGGCUGCCAUCGAGGGCAAGCUGCUGCUUCUGGACGGAAUUCACAGGGUUAACCUGGGAACCCUGGCUGUGCUGUCGAGGUUGCUACACGACAGGGAGCUGGAUCUGUAUGAUGGGACCAGGCUGCUGAGGUGGGACAGAUACCAGACACUAAAGGAACAGCUGCAGCUCAGCGACGAGCAGCUGCAAGAGAGGUCCAUCUUGCCCGUCCACCCGUCGUUCAGGGUGCUGGCCCUGGCGGAGCCCCCCGUCGUAGGGGCCACUGGAGGCAGCGGCGGAGCUCAGCAGUGGUUGGGCCCGGAGCUGCUCACCAUGUUCCUCUACCACAGUGUCACCCCGCUGGCCAAAGCAGAGGAGAUGGGCCUCAUACAGGGACUGACGCCUAAUGUUCCAGCGGAGGCAGCCGAGCAGCUACUGCACCUCACACACAGCCUGCGCAACACCAACGAUCCCACAGCGCAGUCUCUGGCCUCUUCUCUCUCCACCAGACAGCUGCUGAGGAUCUGUCGUCGUCUCUCUCAGUACCCGGAGGAGAGCAUCGCUCACGCAGUCAAUAAGGCUUGUCUCUCCAGGUUCCUGCCCAGCUUGGCCCGAGCCUCUCUUGAAAAGAGCCUCACCAACUGCUCCAUACAGGACAAACCAGAUCCUGCUGAACAAACUCAGGAUUACAGCUGUGUGGUAAAGGAUGGUGUGUUGACUAUUGGCAACGUGUCCGCUCCCAUCUACAAACCCAGUGAGAAAAUGAAGGUUCCAGAUGUUCUCUUUUAUGACAAUCCGCAGCACAUGAAGGUGAUGGAGGACAUGCUGAAAGACUUUCUGUUGGGAGAGCACCUCCUCUUGGUGGGCAACCAGGGAGUGGGUAAGAAUAAAGUAGUGGACCGGUUCCUGCAUCUGCUCAACAGGCCCAGAGAAUACCUGCAGCUCCACAGGGACACAACCAUUCAGACCCUGACCCUGCAGCCCUCAGUCCGAGACGGCAUCAUCACGUACGAGGACUCGCCCCUGGUGAAGGCCGUGAAAGUGGGUCACAUACUAGUGAUCGACGAGGCCGACAAAGCUCCAACUAACGUCACCUGCAUCCUCAAAACCCUGGUGGAGAGCGGAGAGAUGAUUCUGGCUGACGGACGCAGAAUCAUCUCAGAUCCACGUGAAGCCGAGGGGAGGCCCAACGCCAUCGUCAUGCAUCCAGACUUCAGGAUGCUGGUGCUGGCUAACAGACCUGGCUUUCCUUUCCUGGGCAACGACUUCUAUGGAGCUUUAGGUGAUAUCUUUAGCUGCCAUGCUGUGGACAACCCGAAGCCUCAGGCUGAGCUGGCGAUGCUGAAACGUUACGGCCCUGACGUUCCCGACGCCACGCUGCAGAAGCUGGUGGCCGCGUUCGGAGAGCUGAGGUCCAUGGCCGACCAGGGAACCAUCACUUACCCCUAUUCCACUCGAGAGGUGGUCAACAUCGUCAAACACCUCCAGAGAUUCCCUGGCGAGGGUUUGGCCAACGUGGUGCGAAACGUCUUCGACUUCGACUCGUACAACAAAGACACGCGAGAGGUUCUGAUCGAGGCGCUGCACAAGCACGGGAUUCCCAUCGGAGCCAGGCCCACCUCCGUCAAGCUGGCUAAGGAGCUGCCGCUGCCGGAGGCUCAGAUGACGGGACACUGGACGAUCAACCAAGAAGGAAACGCUCGCCGCAAACUGCUCUGUCCCACUGAGACGCACCGCAUAGACAUCAAGGGCCCCGUGUUCCUGCGUGUUCAGAGUCACCCCUGCAGCAGGCAGGAGAGCCGGGCGCUGAGCUUCAGCGAGGAGAAAGCCCACUGGCAGAUUCCCAUGAAUGAGGUCAACAUCAUCUGUGACGUCGCCACCAAAGAUGAUGUGCUGUACGUGGCCACGUGUAACCCCGUGUCCCUGUUCUCCAUGAGGGAGCGCGGCGACGCCAUCCAGAGCAUGGAGCUGUACGACGUCUUCCCCAGAACCAUCAGUGGCGCCUGGCAGCCGUUUGUCACCAUCGCUCCUCUGGGGAGUCCCCUGGACGGACAGGUGGUGCUGCACGAGGAGCAGAGUAACACGGUGCUCCACGUGGACCUGGUGACAGGCGCCGUGCGGAGGCUGCUGCUGUCUCCAGACGGGGAUCAACCCGCCGGCAGAGCUUCAAACUGGUGGAGCAGUAAAGAGCAGCAGGGAAGUUAUAAGAUGUGCCGCGAGUUCGCUCACAAGAACUGGCUUCUCUUCUACAAGGAGGAGGGGAACCAGCUGGAGGUGCUGGAUGUGCUGGAGGGCCGGGUUCACUCCAUCUCCCUCCCCAUCAACCUGAAGUCCGUCUUCCUGGUGGCAGAGGACCGCUGGCUCCUGGUGGAGAGCAACACCAACAAGAAGUUCCUGCUGACCAAGCCCAUGCACAUGGCAGCAGAGGAGUCAGGAGUGUGUCAGCUCCACAGCAUCAGUGAGGACGGGGCCAGCUCAGGCCACGGAGCCGACUCAGCCGAUGUGUCCGUGCCACAGAUGCUGUCACGUGACCAGCUGCCCAACGAGAACCUCAGCGCCGCUCUGAACCAGAAGAUUGUUUCACCCAACCGCAUAAUGGCCGACAGUGGCUCCUUCGCACGGGUCGUCGUGGGCUUCCCAGACCUCAUGUCCCCUAACGAGGUGUACAGCUUCAAGAGGCCCGUUGAUCUGUCAGCGAUGAAGAGCAGCGAGAGCGGGGGUCACAUGUUCCUGAGAGGCGGGCCUCAGUCCAGUGCGGCCAAACAGGUGAACUGCGUCAGUCUGCUCUCAGCCAAUCAGGUUGUCCGAGCCCUUCCGCCCACCAAGGUGCCCCUGAAGGAGGUCUACCCCAAAGACGUCACGCCUCCGAUGACGGCGGCGUAUCUGGAGGUGACUGAUCUGAACUCCAAGAAGGUCAAAUACAUUCCCGUCCCAAGGUCCAUGACGGUGUCGCCUUACACCAGCUGGUUGUCCAAAGUGUCCGAGUCUGACGUGGUCAUCGCUCCCCUCGGCUCUGGGGGUGUGGUCUCAGUGGACAUGGGCGGGUACGUGCGGCUGUGGGAGACGGGAUUGGACAGCCUGCAGCGGUCGCUACUGGAAUGGAGAAAUAUGAUUGGAACAGAGGACGGCCGGCCCAUACAGAUCACCGUCCAGAGGGACAGCGGCCUGGAUGUCUCCGCCCCAAAACACGGCAAGACUGAUGCCAAUAACGACCCUCAUGUCGGGGGGAACCAGUGGGCCGGAGGCACAGGUGGCAGAGACACGGCAGGUCUGGGUGGAAAGGGGGGGCCCUAUCGCCUGGAUGCAGGACACAAGGUCCACCAGGUUUCCCAGGCCGAGAAGGACGCGGUUCCAGAAGACGUCCGUAGAGCAGCUCGUGAAAUGGCUGAGAAGGCGUUCAAAGAAAGGCUGAAGGAGAUCAACAUGAGUGAAUACGACGCUGCCACGUACAAGCGCUUCUCCUCCGCCGUCAUGAGGCAGGUUCAGUCUCUGAGAACCAUCCUGGACAGUUUACAGGCUAAAGGGAAGGAGCGACAGUGGUUGAAGAACCAGGCACUGGGUGAACUGGACGAUGCUAAAAUCAUUGAUGGACUCACUGGAGAGAAGUCGAUAUAUAAACGCAGAGGAGAGCUGGAACCAGAGCUGGGCAGCCCGCAGCAGAAGCCCAAGCGCCUGCGGGUGUUGGCCGACGUGUCGGGCAGCAUGUACCGCUUCAACGGCGUGGACGGCCGGCUGGAGCGCUCCAUGGAGGCCGUGUGUAUGGUCAUGGAGGCGCUGGAGAGCUACGAGCACAAGUUCAAGUACGACAUCGUGGGUCACUCGGGCGACGGCUACGACAUCGAGCUGGUCCGAGCAGACAAGGUCCCCAAGGACAACAAGCAGAGACUCCAGGUCCUCAAGACCAUGCACGCCCACGCUCAGUUCUGCAUGAGUGGCGACUACACGCUGGAGGGCACGGACGCCAGCAUCAAGCAGCUGGCGCGAGAAGAAGCCGACGAGCGCUUUGUGGUGGUGCUGAGCGAUGCCAACCUGGAGCGCUACGGCAUCCGGCCCGAGCGCUUCGCCCAAGUCCUGACCUCUGACCCGCAGGUCAACGCCUUCGCCAUCUUCAUCGGAUCCCUCGGGGAUCAGGCUGAAAGGCUCCAGAAGACGCUUCCAGCCGGGAGAUCCUUCGUUGCCAUGGACACGAAGCAGAUCCCACAGAUCCUGCAGCAGAUCUUCACUUCCACCAUGUUGUCCAGUGCCUGACACCAACACCCACUCACUCCUCUGAGGAGCCCCCGCAUCUCAAACUCUAGAUUUUAUUGUGAAACCUGUCGGACUGGGACUUGUUCACGAUGUGUCCUUACCGUCGGUUGUGUUUAUCAUUUCACAGAAGCCGUCAGGUGUGUAAAGGACGAUGUGUGAGCGUGACAGCUGAGGAGUGUGUAGCUGCUUUGUCCCCUCAGGGCAGAGACGUGGUGGAGACGCUCUGGUGCGACCGCUCGCUCCUGACAGAUGACUGUAACCGAGUGAUGUGACGAGCGUCUGGAGCCGCUCUCAGGCCUCAUGCGGGGAUCAAACACGCAGCCUCAGCUACUGUUGUGUUUCAUUGUGUUUAGUGACGCACACGCGCGUCCGUCUUUGUCCUUGUUCCGGGGGGGUGAACUUGAAACGGCCUCUCUAAGUCUGGACUUCCUGCUCGUUUAUCGCUCAGGAAGAGAAACAGUAACACACACAGACUGACACUUGGACGUGGCCGGUGACAACAACUUGGCUCCUGAGGAAUGUCGGGACUGUGACCAGGGAAUUUCCCACCUGACUGCACACGCUCUUUAAAGGCAGCAUUGCACAACCCCACAGUGUGUGUGUGUGUGUCUGUGUGUGUGUGUGUCUGUGUGCCUUUCUUUGCCAGACCUCCCAAACACACACACACACACACACACACACACACACACACACACACACACACACACACACACACACACACACACACACACACACACACACACACACACACACACUAGCAGCAGAAUCUCUGAGUGUGUAUUUACUGUAGCUGUGCAUGUUACGCUCUCCGGUUCACACACACACUCAUCUCAGUAUCACUUUAUUUUACAGAUGUCGUGUUUGUCAGAUUUAUUCAGAUUUAUUUGAAGACUUCCAGUAGUUGAUAUCCAGCUGUUGAUAACUUGGAUAUUUCCAGUGAAACUAUGUGAAGAAGUUUCAUGGAAAGUGUUUUUUGUGUAAAGCUGCAAACAGACAAACCAAGAGAGGUGAGAUCACAACCUUCAGUUUACUACAAAGACUAAUGACAACGGUUACUUCUUAUUUAGAUUGAUUAAUACAAAAUAAAAACUUUAUUUAACUGGUGUUGUCUGUGGAAGUGGGAAAAAUAUGUGUAACUGCUGAAAAACGACAGUUUAACCAACAUGAGGCAUAAACAUCAAUUAAGUAAAAAUAUUUUCAGAUCAACAAACUGAUCUUUGACUGAAAUGCCAGUGAUGUAAAAUCCCACCUGAUUUAAAAGGGAACAUACAGGGAAGGUUUCCAGGAGAGUCGCUGUAAAGUAUCAGGUUUUAAAAUCCUUUCUCUGGUGCAGUGACUUUCUGCUCAGACCUCCUGCUGUGAGUCAGAUUAAACUCUGUGCCACGUGUUUCCAGUGUUUCCAGUGUUUCCAGUAACACAUCAGUUCUGCCUCUGCUCCUCACACUGACACUUCCUGUCUGACGCUGAGCGGAUCAAUAACAAAUCAUCGGUCUAUUGAUCCGUCCUCGUUUUUAAUAACCUACUUCAACUCCCUCCGACCUCCUGCUGAUUCACGAGAGGAAUGAAAGUGACUCAAACUUCACGUUGAGGGAUUUAACAUAAUAUUAUUUUUAUUUAAUUGAACAUUGUUAUUAAUGCAUGUGAAAUAAAUUGGAGACUUAAUGUACAAACUUUUAAUAAAUCAUUUAAUCGCU